AUGAUAAAAACAGACGAAAUCAUUAUUUAUUCGAAUAGUCGUAAUGGACUUGGAAUAAGAAUUUUAGGUGCUAAACGAGCUAUUAAUAAAUCAGGUAUUUAUAUAAAACAAUUACUUCAUGAUGGAUUAGCACAAAGAGAUGGACGAUUAAAAGUUGGUGAUCAAAUAUUAUCAAUAAACAAUGAAACAGCUAUUGGUAUUAAUCGUAAACAUGCUGUUAAUAUUCUUCGUUCAGCAGCGGCAACAAAUCAAGUUCGUCUUCAUGUUCAACAUUUUAUUCCACCAUUAUCAUCAAAUGAAUAUCAACAAUUAUUAAAUAAUGAAAAAUCAACUGAUGAUGAUGAUGAUAAUAAUAAUAUUUAUCAAAUUCCUAAUUAUAAUAUAAAUAAAAAUAAAAAUGAUUUUCAUAAUAGAAGUUUAACAACAGAAACUGAAGUUCGAAUGCGACGUUCAUCUCGAAAACAUCGUCAAGAACAACAUCGAUAUAGUGAAUUGAAUUUACCAUUUGAAAAUAAAAAUGAUCGAGAAGAACAAAAUAUAAAUGAUCAAAUCUUAGCAGGACUUGAUGUUUCACAUGAUGCUCUUCAAUCAUUACUUAAUUCAAGAUUUAAAUUAAUUGAUCUUGUUGAUUUACUUAAGAAAAUUUAUCCGAAUUUAUUAUUGAAUGAUCAAAAAAGAGAAUUACUAUUUACUCAACAGUUAUCUCAAACAAGUACAGAUGGUCGAAUAACAUUAAAAGAUUUUGAACGACAAUCAAGUGUUCUUCUUGGUGAACAUAUAAAUCUUCUAUUACCAUUUUAUUGUUCAUCAAAACGAAUUUCAACUGUAAAUGAUAAUAAACUUGUUAUUGAACUUCGUCGUGAAAUAGCUUUAUUUCGUUCUAAAAUUGAUGAACUUCAAACAAAAAUAAUAACUUGUGAAAAAACUCAACGUUUAUCUGAACAAGUUGAAAUUGAAUAUGAAGAUUUACUUAAAUUUGUUUAUGAACAAUUAAAUCAAUAUAAAUUAAAUGAAAUAAAUCAAUUAAAACAAAUUCGAGCAAAUCAACAAUUAAUAGAAAAAUUAUUUAAUUAUUUAUCUAUUUAUAUUAAUCAAUCAAAAGAUCAACAUAUUUUAUCACAACUUAAAUAUGAAUAUGAACAACAACAAACAUUUUUACCAUCAUCUUAUCAACAAAAUAAUUAUGAAACUUUUAUUUUAUCGGAUAAAAAAUAUCAACAACGCAUUUAA